AUAGAUAUAGAUACAGAUAUAGAUUUGAUUUCAGGAAACAAGAUUAGGGACAUUGAAAUUUUGAAUCUUGAUCAUUUCUUGAAAUGGGGUUUUGCUAGAUCUUAAGAUUAUUGGGUCUUUUUUUAAAUCUUUAUGGGUUUUUGGGUCAAUUUUUAAGUGUAUAAGUUUAGGGUCUUGUGAAAAGUUUGAAUCUUGACAAGUUUAUUGAAAUGGGCUAUAUCUAGAUCCAAAGUUAUCACUUUCUUUUGAUGUUAUCUUCCACUUGGUUGAAUCUUUUUGGGGUUUUGACUGUAUUUUUAGGUUUAGUUUUUUGGGUUACUAGAGGAUUUCAUUUAUUUUCCUUUUGGGUUGCUGCAAAAUGUUGAAAAGAUUGGUUCUGGGGUUCUUAAUUGCUUCUUUGAUUGUAACGGUAUCAUUAGCGAAUGAUCACGAGUUUGCUCAUUGUCAUUGUGAUGAUGAAGGAUCCUGGAAUGCACAUAUUAUCGAAAGCCAAAGAGUGAGUGAUUUCUUGAUAGCAAUUGCUUACUUUUCGAUUCCACUUGAAUUACUUUACUUUUUAAGUUGUUCAAAUGUGCCAUUUAAAUGGGUUGUUGUUCAGUUCAUCCUGUUUAUAGUCCUUUGUGGUUUGACCCAUUUGAUCAACGGGUGGGGGUAUUACGGUAACCAAACGUUCCAGUUGAUGAUGGCAUUAACUGUUGCUAAGUUGCUGACUGCACUUGUUUCUUGUGCAACUGCAAUCACCCUUUUGACUUUGAUUCCAUUGCUUCUUAAAUUCAAAGUUAGGGAACUUUUCUUGAAACAAAAUGUGUUGGAGCUUGAUCAAGAAGUUGGGAUCAUGAAAAAACAAAAAGAGGCAGGGUGGCAUGUUCGUAUGCUUACCCACGAGAUCCGAAAAUCGUUAGAUAGACAUACAAUUUUAUACACCACUUUAGUCGAGCUUUCAAAUACAUUAGUACUUCAAAAUUGCGCGGUUUGGAUGCUAAACGAUCAAAAAACCGAAAUGAAUUUGACCCAUGAGUUAAGACCCAAUUCUUCAGCUUACCAUUCUUCCAUUCCUAAGAACGACCCUGAUGUAUUAGAGAUAACACAGAAGAAAGGGGUGACGAUUUUGAGGGCAGAUUCGGUACUUUCUGUCCAAAGUAGAGGUGGUUUAGGUGAAUCAGGCCCAGUGGCUGCAAUACGUAUGCCUAUGCUUCAUGUUUCUAAUUUUAAGGGUGGGACCCCUGAAUCAGUCGACACCUGUUAUGCCAUAUUGGUUUUGGUUCUUCCUAAUGAAGCCGAACGAAAUUGGAGUUUUGAUGAACUCCAGAUAGUGGAGGUGGUGGCUGAUCAAGUGGCGGUUGCACUGUCACAUGCGGCAGUUCUUGAAGAAUCACAGUCAAUGCGUGAACAAUUAGUUGAACAAAAUCGUGUGUUGCAACAAGCUAAAGAAAAUGCUAUGAUGGCGAGUCAAGCACGAAACUCAUUUCAGAAAGUAAUGAGUCAUGGAAUGAGACGACCCAUGCACUCAAUCAUGGGCCUCCUUUCAAUUCUUCAAGAUGAAAAAACAAGCUUAGACCAGACGAAUAUUAUUGACACGAUUGCAAAAACAAGCAGUGUGCUGUCCACAUUGAUCAAUGAUGUGAUGGAGAUAUCUGCUAAAGACACGGGUCGAUUACCGUUAGAAAUAAGACCAUUUCAAUUACAUUCCAUGAUUAAAGAAGCUUGCUGUUUGGUAAAGUGUUUGUGUAUCAACCAAGGAUUUGGGUUCACGAUGGCGGUUCCUAGUUCGAUUCCUAAUUUGGUUAUGGGUGAUGAAAUGAGAACUUUUCAAGUUUUAUUGCAUAUGGUAGGUCAUUUACUUGAUGUUAGUGAAGUAGGGAGGUCCGUUAUGUUUCGUGUUACUUUAGAAAAUGGAAAUGAAGUUAGAAAUGAUAAAGCUUGGGGAACAGGUCGACCUGCGAUCGAAGAAUUUGUGAAUGUGAAGUUUGAAAUCGGGACUGGUGAUGGUGGUUUUCCGUCAGAAAUAGCGGUUUCAAAUAUGCACUCAGGAGUUAAGAGGCAAAAUGUCAACCGCCUUAAAGACAGUUUGAGCUUUAGUAUGUGCAAACAGCUUGUGCAGAUGAUGCAAGGAAAAAUAUGGAUGUCUUCAAGCCCUCAGGGAUAUAUACAAAGCUCGAGUCUCGUUCUCAGAUUUCAAGUCCAACAAGCGUACAAAAGACCAAUGUUUGAUCUUGGAAACUUUAUUGAACAACCAAAGUCGAACUCCAUAUUCAGGGGCCUUCAAAUCAUUUUAGCAGACGAUGAUGGCGUAAACCGUAUGGUAACCAAAAAGCUCCUGGAGAAGCUCGGUUGCAAUGUCACCACCGUCUCGUCGGGGAUCGAGUGCUUGAGUUCUCUCAGGCCCACAAUGAGCCCGUUUCAUGUUGUUAUAUUAGAUCUUCAUAUGCCUGAGAUGGAUGGGUUUGAAGUGGCCACAAGGAUACGGAAAUUUAGAAGCCGAAACCGACCGUUAAUUAUUGCACUGACCGCAAGUGCAGAAGAACAAGUGUGGGAAAGAUGUUUGCAAGUUGGAAUGAACGGAGUAAUUCGGAAACCUGUUCUUUUGCGUGGAUUGGAAAACGAACUUAGAACGGUUUUGCAACGAGCAGGUGAAAGGUAGUCAAAUUAUAGUAGACAUACAUAUGGAACUAACAUUUUGUUCUGGUUUCUAUACAACCCCAUUGAUUCAUAAUCCUCUUAUAUAUAAUUAAACUAUUUAGUUAAAUGAAUACAUAGAUUUAUUUUAGGUUCA